AUGAACGCCAUUUCGAACAGACAUACUGCAGCGCCGACUCGCGCAGUGUUUUUCCCGAAAUCCCGACUGUCCCUUAAACAGCAGUUUUCUUGCCUCCAGAAACUCCCCUUUUCCUGUUGUAAGGUAUGCAUUGAUCAAGUGAAGCAAAGGGUAUCCGAGUACACAAAAAGCCGUUUUCAAAAACUUAACAUUACAAAUAUCAUCCGCUGUUGACUUGUUUUUAAGUUCCAUUACCCUUUUUCUAAGUUGAUCAAUGCUUAUAGUGAUGAAGCUUGACA